UGACACGUGAUGGCCUUCACCCACUCAUGUGACCCGCACGUAAACAUGGCGGACGUGGAAGUAGCAAAAUCUUUGAGCGGUUUACUGAGUGGAAUAGCUCAGAUGGUGUAUUAUAAUAAAAGCGAAAUUACGGAGGAGUUGCUGAAAAAUGAGCUGUAUCCGGAAAUGCCGCAGGAGGAAUUCAAAGUUUUGUUCGAAAAAAUGAAAGGGCUCAUAAAGUCCAUUGCCACGGCAGACAUGGACCAUGCCCAGCUGGAGGCCUUCCUCACAGCUCAGACCAAGAGGCACGGUGGCGGCGGGCUGAGUGCUGAGCAGGCCGCCGCGCUCUCUCGCUUCUGGAAGAGCCAGCGAGUACGGGUGAGGGAGAGCCUGUUGGCUCAGCAUCGCUGGGAGCCCACCCUCAGGGGCCUCUCCUGGAGAGUGGACCUCCAAACCGGUGACAGCCAUGGGAACGCUGACCACAGAGGGCCAGUCGCCCUGAUGGAGCUGGAGCUUGGCAGAGCUGGACAGGACUCAGAGUUUUUGUGUCUGGAGUUUGAUGAAACCAAGGUGAACCAGGUGCUGAAGAAGAUGGCCGACAUCCAGGAGAGCAUAGACAGAAUAGUUCAACGUACAUGAAACCCCAGAAAGUUUGUCACACUGACAGUUACUGGACUUCUGAGCAAGUCCAGCUGUAUUUUCUGGUCAGAAAAGUGGUGGUUUUACACCAGCCUGGGAGAAAUGAUUGUCUUCAUUGUAAGAUCACCUGUAAGUAAGGCCACAUAGAGCAAUGGCUCCAGGUUCAUAUAAAUUAUGUUAAAUAAUAUCAACCUGCUGCCGUUCAAAAAUCGAUUUUUUUUAUUGCCAGAAAUGCAUCUGCUUUGAAUUUGUUAACCUGCUUGAUAUGUUGUAAUACUGAAUGAAGCAAAUGUAACACUCAACAUAAUAUGUCAUUUAGAUGUUUUCUGUCCGAAUGCAAGUAACGUUUUUUUUAAUAAAAAUGUAAUUGUCCAGUCAGGUCGUAGGUCUGCUCCUUACUUUGGUGGGAGGUGCAUAAUUUCUUGGAGAAGAAUCUGUGUUUCUGAUAAGAACUGUGAUGUUCUUCUGUUGUUUUUUUACAUUGUUGUUGAUCAGAUAAAAGACAUAAAGAUUAUAUACAUUUAGGACGAUAGUGACACCAGUGAGUCCACCUGGUGUCUUGUCAAUUAUUUAUGAGUAGGAAAGAGAAACCAAAAAACCUGCACAGUGCCACGGUGUUUGUGUAACACUUCAUGUGACAGAAACACUAUUAAAGCAGCGGUUUAGAUUUUUAUUACCAUGAUUGGAUCUGAACUGUAAUUUUAAGCUGUCUACUUCUGUACAUAACAGAGGAUUUUUGUCAAAUAAACAUGAUCAUUUAUUACUGGA